CGCCCAACUCUGUCUUGACAGCGAACACAAAAAGGACAUGUAGCCCAGCCUUUUCAAAGGACUGUUAGCUACUUAGCUACCUAAUUAGCUACCUCGUUAAGCUUCAAAAUUCAUUGUCCUCAUAAAUCAUUUGGUUUCAUUUGACCGAACAGUCAGCCUAUAUGUAGCUAAUUAGUCAUUUCAAUGGCGUUCAAUGGCCACCAGCGAGACGACGAUGAUAUUAUUGACGAAAACGAAACGCCCUCGAAGCAGCCGCGGUCCGACAAGGAGAUGCCCGUUCAUUUUAGAAACGAGCCCAACAGUGAGAGUGCCACUACCGCAGGAAGGGCCACAUCCGACCGGCGGACUUCCCAGUCGGCGACGAGGCAUCGACAUGACUCUGUGAAGAAAACGAGGCCGCCAUUCCCCUGGUUUGGGAUGGACAUCGGAGGUACUCUGGUGAAACUCGUUUACUUUGAGCCCAAAGACAUCACAGCGGAAGAGGAGCAGGAAGAGGUGGAGAAUCUGAAGAGCAUCCGGCGCUACCUGACCUCCAACACCGCCUAUGGCAAGACUGGCAUCAGGGACGUUCACCUGGAGCUGCAGGACCUGACGCUGUGCGGCAGGAAGGGCAACCUGCACUUUAUUCGCUUUCCCACGCACGACCUCCCAGCCUUCCUGCAGAUGGGCCGCGACAAGCACUUCUCCAGCCUUCACACCACCCUGUGCGCCACCGGAGGAGGGGCGUACAAGUUUGAGUCUGAUUUCCGUAUGAUGGCUGACCUGGAGCUUCACAAGCUGGAUGAGCUGGACUGCUUGAUUCGGGGGGUGCUGUACCUCGACUCGGUGAUGUCUAGCGGUCCCUCAGAGUGUUACUACUUUGAAAAUCCUGCAGACCCAGACCACUGUGUCCAGAAGCCCUGUACACUGGAGAAUCCUUAUCCUCUGCUGCUGGUCAAUAUAGGGUCUGGGGUCAGUAUCCUGGCAGUCUACUCUGAGGACAACUACAAACGAGUCACUGGGACCAGCCUUGGUGGUGGGACCUUCCUUGGCCUGUGUUGCCUGCUGACCGGCUGCUCUACAUUUGAGGAAGCCUUAGAAAUGGCUUCUCAGGGGGAGAGCACGCGUGUGGACAAGCUGGUGCGAGACAUUUAUGGAGGGGACUAUGAGAGGUUUGGGUUGCCAGGCUGGGCUGUGGCCUCAAGUUUUGGCAACAUGAUGUCUAAAGAAAAGAGGGAGUCUGUUUCUAAAGAGGACCUGGCCAGGGCAACACUGGUCACCAUCACCAAUAACAUCGGCUCCAUCACCAGAAUGUGUGCUCUGAAUGAGAACAUUGAGACUGUGUUGUUUGUUGGGAACUUCCUAAGAGUGAACACCCUCUCUAUGAAGCUGUUGGCUUAUGCCAUGGACUACUGGUCUAAAGGUCAGCUCAAGGCACUUUUCCUUCGCCAUGAGGGUUACUUUGGUGCAGUUGGAGCCCUGUUAGAGCUUCUGCAUCCGUCCUAAUCCACCCAAAGAACAACCUGUCAAUCUGCUGCAAAGACCAUUAGCACUUUAGACUGUUACCAAUUAGUUCCAGGGUGAGAUGUUAUUCCAGCCACCCACCAGUUGCUGGUAAAUCUUGUAAAGUUUGUUAAGUGGUGAAAUUCACUUCUAGGUUUUUCUACACAUCUGUUUUUUUGGUCAGUAGAUGAAAUAAACCGGUUUCCUGCCAUGAAGUUGUACACAGCAAAGCUGACAGUUAUUGUGUGCAGGACUCUGCAGAAAUGAGCCACGUUUAGUCUGAAACACCUCAAUGAAAUUCACCAGGGUUGCCUGAAACACUUCAUUUAAAAAGUACUUUUCAGCAGGCAGUCCUGUCAUGUUGAUUUUCUUUACCCCUCAGUGGGUAUCAGGUUCUGGUCCAAAUAUUUGCUAUCAUUUUUAGGUGGGGACCAGGUGGAUGGAAGAAGUAAUGAAAGUAUAAUUCGUCAGUGAAUGUGGUUUAAAUUUUAGAACAUGACUAUAAAAUCACCAACUUAAUUUCAGACACAAUCAAUGUAUUUUAAAUGCUUUCUCUGGCAUUAGAAAAAUUGAGCUUUUUUACAGUUUUGGAUGGAAACAACUGCUGGUUAUUCUUGGAAAAAGAAAGUAUCAGCUUUACCUUAGGAGUUAGCAACUGCUCUCUGAAACUCGAUGUAAUAAAUGAUGAAUUCAUAAUGGAUUGAGUUUAGAGUUUAUGUUAUUAACCUGAUGGAACUCCCAUCCACCUGGUGACCUUGAUAAGCUUUAACACUGCAAAUAAUUACGACCAUUUACUGUUUGUUUUGAUUUUUUCUUUUCUGUGUGUUUUCUUAUGUAAAUUUCAAUGUCACUGUUUAACAGAAAAGAAAAAUACAUUUCAGGCCACUACUUUGAGCAGAUCUGUUACUGUUAUAGAUUAUAUAACAUUUCUAUAGAAUUUCUGCCUCAGUGAAGAGUAAUAUAGCACUCUUAAAAUGCUCUUCCCAGUUGAGAUUUCAGUGCUGGUAAUCGAGAACUGUGUCGCUGUAUUAGGAUAUCUGCACUGCUGGGUGUCAACUGUUCUUGAACCAGUGCGUUCCUCUAUUCCUACAGAGAAAUCAGAGCAAUUGAUUAGACAAAUAUUGAUGAAUGAGCAUGUGAAGUGCCGGUAAUAGUUGUGGCAUCGUUCUCCUUUAUUUCCCCACAUAAAUAAAAUGGGCAUUUUAAAGCAGAAACUUGAUUGAUUCCCAACAACAGAGGUGUUUAAACGCUGUGAUCCCAGUUUAGAUUUUUUCUAUUCAGUAAGCACUCAGAUAUUGAGUGAAUUUACUACUUGCUGUGACAGUCUUUCAUUAUUAAGGUUAUAUCAAUGUUGAACUGAGAAAACUGAAACACUGUUAGAAUUUCAUUAUCUGUUCGGUUUUAUUGUUUUCUGUUUAGUAACGAGUCCAUCCAUCGAUUAUGAGACCAUAAAGUUAAUCUAAGCAGUGAAGAGAUGACUUGGUAAAUAGCUGCAGACAUGGUUUUUCAGGUGUCAGUUAUUAGAGAUCUAUGAGCAAGUUGUAGAUACACUAAGCUGAUUUUAAAUGAAGUGCCUCACGUUUUUGUACCGAAUACAGUAUAGUAUUCAGCAAUGUGAUUUUUAAAAUUAAAACUUGUGUUUUUCAAGCUCUCCCUCCCUUUUGCUUGUACAAUGCAAAGAAAACUUUGUACUUUUUUGUAAUAGAGUAAUGUCACGUUUCUUAUUGAAUUUCCCUAUUAAAUACCAACUUGGCAAA